AAACGCCAGCAGAAGAAUCUAGAGAUAAAUAGAUCAAAGAUGUCGAUGAAUUGGGCCCUGUAUUGGGGCAUAAUGUGGAUGCUGUCAGGCUCUACAGACAGCGCUUCGAAGCGUUUCUUUACAGACUUUUUGCAGGAUUUGCCCACACCAGGAACCGGUGGACCCACCUUUGACCCCAGUGCGAUCAGCAAUAUAACAGGACUCGUUGGCAAGACCGUUAAGAUGACCUGCCGUGUUAAGAAUUUGGGCAAUCGAACGGUCUCAUGGGUGCGACAUCGUGACAUCCAUCUGCUGACUGUCGGCCGCUAUACGUACACAUCAGAUCAGCGUUUCGAGGCCCAGCAUUCGCCACACGCCGAGGAUUGGUCCCUUCGCAUACGCUAUGCCCAGCGCAAGGAUUCGGGCAUCUACGAGUGCCAGAUCUCCACCACACCACCCAUCGGCCAUGCUGUCUAUCUGAAUAUUGUCGAACCCAUCACCGAGGUCAUUGGCGGCCCCGACCUGCACAUCAACAAAGGAUCCACCAUCAAUUUAACCUGCAUUGUGAAAUUUGCACCGGAACCACCGCCAACCGUCUCCUGGUCCCACAAUCGCGAGAAUGAUCCUAGAUACAAUAAGGUCAUAAAUUUCGAUUCACCUCGCGGCGGCAUAUCAUUAGUCACUGAGAAAGGUGUACUGACCACCAGCCGUCUCCUCGUCCAGAAGGCCAUACAGGAGGAUGAGGGCCUCUACACAUGCGCCCCCUCAAAUGCCAAUCCCACAUCGGUCCGCGUCCACAUCGUUGAUGGCGAACAUCCGGCGGCCAUGCAUCAUGGAAACUCGGCGCCAGCUCAGCCACCGCCUGUGAUCUCAGUGUUGAUGGCCAUCUGCAGCACUCUGAUCCUGUUGCACGCCUCUGCCUGCUGCAGCCCAACCCUACCCAAGAUGAGGACACAGCAACUGCAACGAGGAGGCAACAACAAUGGACAGCAGAGGGACAUCGACGGUGGAGAGCAGCAGAUGGAGAGGAAUUCGUUGGUGCCAGGCACAUGACUAGCCGGCCCCCGCGUAACCGGAGCCGGAGCCGGAAAUGCCAUCGAAAUGCCAACUGGGAUGCAGUACUAAAUAUUCCAAGAGCGAGCUACACAGAGAGAGAGAGAGUGAGGCGUGGGGGUGGAGGGUGUGCUGCUCUCUGGUUUUCCGUUCCAGUUUCAGGAUCCUUCCAGCCAACGCCUUGGUUUUGCGUUCUCCAAAACGUUUCGUUUCUCCCCUUUGCCCCACUCCCAUCGAUGUGGUCUCUCAUUUUUCGCUCUAUGAGUGGAAUGCAGAGGGGGCGGGGCAUACGUGAGUACAUCCUUUUAUCACUAAAUUAAGUAGUCGUUAGAUAAGGUCAUUUUCGGGCUAAAACUGGAACUGUAACGAAGGGAAAAACAAAGAGCAAAACCCACAGAAGAAAAAAAAACAACAAAAUAAACACAGAACGAAAGAACGAACGAUUUUCUUCAUGUUCAUGCAACAUGUUCUUGCAACAAAACCAUAAAAUCCAUAAGUACAUAAAAAUAAACCCAUUGUAAAUAAGGCAUCAGAUGAGAGAUUGCCAGCAGAUCAUAAAAAAAUUACAACAAAAUACAAAAGAUACAGAUACAAGUGGGGAAACAGAAGAUAGAUAUUGAUUGCAUUGCAUAAUGGAUUCAGACUCCCCUGUUUUGAUAUGGAUCCAUUCCAUUCUAUAAGCUAUAGGUGUCUAAAGAUAAAUACAUACUCGUAAAUAUAUUACAUACAUAUAUGCGCGCAAAAACAGAUACAAAUACAGAUAAAUAUAGACAAAAAAGAAAAAGAGAUUCCUCGAAAUUUGAGGAAGAAAAAGUGUUUUUUUUUAGGCUUAAGUUCAAGACUAUAGUAAAAUCUAAGAAAAAACGAAACAUACAGAGAGAAGACGAAAGAGGAAAAGGAGUAGCAGAAUAUACAGAAAGAUACAUAGGUGCAGGAUACAGAAGGAUUGUCUAGUGAUGUAAGCAAAGCUAAGCAACAAACAAAAACUGGAAAGGAAAACUUAGUAUAAUUGUAUUUUUUUUUGUGUCUCAUCAGAUCUGAUCAGAAUAUUAAUCCGUUUAGCUCUCUAUCUCUAUAUAGAAAUUGUUGUUGUAUGUGUGAGAACAGAUAUAAAAGAUACAUAUAUAGAGAAAAGCUACAGAUACAGAUACAAAUAAAUAACUAUCCGAUUAACGAAAGGCAUAUUGCUAUUGAAACACUCUCUCUCUCUCUAUCUCUCUAAAUCUAUCUCUAUCUCUCUAUAUAGACUUCUAUCUCCUUCACACACAGACAGCGCACCCACACAGAUUCAUACAUAGAUACAUACUAUAGAAACUCUAUCUCUAAGCCAAGCUGACAAAAGGAUAAGUUUAGAAAGAAAGAAAGAAAGAAUCCGCGAUCCCACCCCACACACAAGAAGACAGGGUCUAACCCUCCAUUCUCCUCUUGAUCCCAGAAAGAAAAAUAAGCGAGACAUCCCCAUUGCCCCCUUUCAUUCCAACCAACCCUUACUGUGAACCCAUUUCUCAUGCUCUUAAGAUAAAAGAAAAACAAA